GACGCCGAAGCCCCAGGCGGGCACGGCUCUGCAGUUGCUGUGACAGGGGCAGGUAGGAGCCCCAAGGUGCGACCAGUCUCGCCGGAGGAGGUGCGCCGGCUCUCGGUGGGUGGAGCCAGGAUCCGGCCGUCCGCGGCUCGGGCGGGUUCCUGCGACUUGUUGCUGCCGGCGGUCGGUGGAGCUGGUUCGGCAGGAAGGGUCCGGAGCGGAUGGUGCUGAGGCGUCUUCGAGCUGCUGCAGCCACAAAGGAAAAGAAACCCAAUAGAAUCCAUUGAAAAAGACCAUCAAACACCAAGUGUGCAAAAAAAUCGUGCAAACAACAGAGCGGAUCACUCUCUGAGUUGUGAAGACAUUCCCAUGGAUUCUUAUCUUGACACAAUUCAAGAUAAGCAAAUGCAGCGAGACUAUGGAAUCCAAAUCAGGUUUAUUCAAGACCCUCACGAGGAAGCAACAAAGGCAGAAAGCCAUCGGACUGCUAAUAGCAAAGCAGGGUCGUACGGAGUCAGCAUCAGGGUGCAGGGAAUCGAUGGGCAGCCCUACGUUGUGCUGAACAGUAAUCAGGAAGGACAAAUGCAAAUGUACGAGCCUUCUCCUGAGAAUGGUUGCUUCAACCCGACUCUGCCUCAAGAUAAUUUUAAACCAUACUCUGGACCUUACGCAAAAAAACCGCGAAACACUGCCUCCACUAAUGGGCAUUUCACCUUUCCAGAAAGUCAGCACUUCGAUUUACGGAGACCUUCUCCUUAUCUACCGUUGCUGAGAACAGAAACCCCUAAGGUCAAGGAUGACAACAGCCAUGUGAAAGCAGGUGAUUUGCUAAAUUUUCAAAAACACCCUGAAAUUCUGAAGCCAUACAACCCUGAAAAGAGUGUCUUGGAGCAGGCUGGUUGGCAGCGUUUGACCAGUAACGUGACUGCUGAGAAGAAUAUCGACAGUUCUCUGCAUCACAAACCUAAGCCAGAAUUCUCAAGGAAGUUGGAUGCUGGAAUGUCAAACCCAGUUAAAGCCAGCGACGAGAGAAACAGGAUCAGUAAGUUGGAUCAAAGCAAAAGGACUGCAGGGCUCCUCAGCAGAAAGCCUGAUUCAGGGAACAGCAAGGGAAAAGGGCGGAAUGGCACUAGUUCUGAUUUGGAAGAUUCCCGGACAGCUCGGCCGGACCUGCUCCCUUCGCACCGGCAAAGACCCGGCGGAAGAGGUGUUGAGGCUCCGGUAUUGCGUAAGUCUUUCUCAACUACAGUGCCAGCAGCUUCGGACAACAAAUUAUGGGUGGAUGAUCCCGAUGAAGAACUCUCUGCUGAAAAUAUAAACCGGCAUGAAAACAGAAGGUACAUUCCCUUCUUCCCAGGCACUGGCCGUGACAUUGACUCCGACCAUAUUCCUGGGGUGGACGAAUUGAUUGAUAAAUUUGAUGGUAAGGAGGGACAGCACCGGCGGGGUAGGUCAGCAAGGAGAAACCGAAUUGAUCCAGAAGAUCGAAAACGAUCUCGAAGCGUUGAUAGUGUUUUCCCUCUCAAGCGUCCAGAUAACUUCCCUUACUCUGAUAGGAAGUUCGGAGCAACAAACGAACAUUUGCUGCGGCCAUCACAGCUGCGACGACAAAGUGCAAUAACUCAAAGACCUGGUCUGAGUGAGAAUCCACAGGUCAGUCAUACUGUUUCCUCUGGGAGCCUCGGUCGGUAUCCAGAGCAGACUGCAGACCGUCAGGGAAACGUGAAGAAUGGCUUGGUCAAGAGUUCAAGUCAGACUAAAGUAGAUGGAGAAGCCACUAAUGAGCCCCAGGAGAGAACCAUGGUCAAAUCUUCUGCACUCCCGGUAGGGGCGAACAACAAGUCUGAAGCAAAAAGGGAGGAAGUGGUACCUGUUACCCAAAAACAUCUGGGCAAAACUGCACUCUCCUUCAUUCGGAUCAAUAAAAAGGGUUUGGAUCCUCUGGUGAGCCAAGAUACCUGUGAUAAUGAUGUUCCGGUAACACCCGACCUUUUGAAAGACCAACAAACGAAUGAAGAGACAGCAAAGCAGAUCCUUUACAACUACCUUAAAGAGGGGAGCCAGGAUGAUGAUGCCACAAAAAAGAAAGUUAAUUUGGUAUUUGAGAAAAUCCAGACCUUAAAAUCGAAGGGUGUUGCCGCUGUGAAAGAUCAAAAGGAAAAAAAGGAUGACAUUUCAUCAGAAUUCCAAGUCCUAUUGGAACAGAGGAAUGAGCUUGAAAAGAAUGCAGUUGCGAUUGAGAAGAAAGCAGAAGAGCUGCAAAGGAAACUGGAUGAAGUGACAAAGAUACAACAGAAUGACAGAGAACAAAAGGAUCGGACUAAAGACAAUCUCAGGAACCUACAGCGGGAAAUGGAAGAGAACAUAGAAGAAAAUAAUCGUUUGCGAGAGCAGCUAGCAAAAAGUGAUAAAGAGCUUCGAAAUCAGCUUGAGGAAUUGGUGCAAGUGAAGAUGGAGAGAGAGCAGUACCAGAGUGAAAUCAGAGACUUGCAGGAUCAGCUGUCAGAAAUGCAUGAUGAGCUUGAUUGUGCCAAGUUCCCGGCAGACAAUGAGGAGGAAAAGGAAACUCUGAUGAUGGAAAUGAUUGAAGCAAAGCAGCAGCUGGAAGAGGUGCUGAUUGCUAAAGAAGAUCAGCAGGAGAUGUUGAGGCGAAGGGAAAGAGAGCUGACAGCACUUCGGGGUGUUUUGAAAGAGGAGGUGUCAAACCACGACCGAGAGAUGGAAGAGCUUAAAGAACAGCAUGAAAAGGAGAAGCAGAAACUGAAGAAAAUUAUAGAUGAUCUACUGCAGAGCAAAACUAAACUGGAACAAGAAAAUAUUGAGACCAAGCGAGCAAAGAACGCAGUAGAGGAUCAAGUGAGGAAUCUCAUGGAUGAAAAAGAAAGCUUGAAAAAGAAAGUUGACAAGUUGGAAGCUGAAGUUGGUGAUCUCAAUCAAAUCAUUGAUAACAUGAAGGAAGAAGAGAAUAGACAGAAGGAUAAACUGGCACAUGUCGAGCAAGAGAAGAAGCAAUUGGAAGCAGCCUUGAGAGAAGUUGGGGAUCAGGAACAGGAUAUCUCAUUUGCAAAAAGAGCUUUGGAAAGUCAGCUGGAAGAUGCCCAGCGAAACCUCAACAAAAAGUCGCAGGAUAAUCAGGAGUUACGUGAAAGACUUCAGACGGAGGCUGUACAGAAGGACCUUCUAAAGAAGACGAAGAAUGAAAUGGAGAAUGAAAAAAGACAAUUGGAGAAGAUGGUUGAGAAGCUUCAGAAGGAGAUGGCUGAGGUGACCAAGGACUCUCAGAGGUCAAACCUUGAUCUGCGGAAGGAUCUGGAUGACUGCAAGGAAAAGAGCCGCACUCAGUUGACGUCUCUGCAGCAGCAGCUGAAAACCAAGGGUCUGGAGGCUGAGAAAUCCCAGCUAAUGACCAAGAAACUGCAGGAUGAGAUACGACGCCUGCGUGAGGAGAUGGAAGACUGUUCCCAAGAGCGUGAUGAAGCACUUCUGAAGAGCCAGCAGCUGAGGCAGAACGUCAGCGACCUAGAGCGAGACCUUGAAAGUAAAGUGCAUUGUGUUGAUGAUCGAGUGCGGCAAGUCAAGCAAAUAGAGGAUAAACUGGUGGAUUUGGAGAUGGAGCUGGAAGAGGAGAGAAACAAUUCAGAUCUUCUGACAGAUCGCAUCAAUAGGGACAGAGAGCAGAUUGAACAAAUGCGAAGUGAGCUUUUCCAGGAAAGAGCAGCGAGACAAGAUCUGGAAUGUGACAAGGUUUCACUAGAGAGACAGCACAAGGACCUGAAGAGCAGAAUUGCAUACCUAGAAGGUUCUCAGAAACAGAAUAAAGAAGGGAUUGUUACUCAGCUUGAAGCAAGAGUCCAAGAGUUGGAAGAACGUCUUGAGGAAGAGGAAAGAGAACGAUCUACUCUGCAGCUGAAUAAUCGUAAACUUGAAAGAAAGGCCAAGGAGUUGAUGCUGCAAACAGACGAUGAACGACUCCACCUGGCGGACCAAAAGGAUCAGUUGAAUCUCCGAUUGAAAGCAUUAAAAAGGCAAGUAGAUGAAGCGGAGGAAGAAAUCGAUCGGCUGGAAAAUGCAAAGAGAAAGUUGCAGAGGGAGUUGGAGGAACAAAUCGAAACCAAUGAGGAGCUCCAAGGCCAAAUGAAUGCAUUAAAGAAAGAUCUCAGACGUAAAAAUUCAGUGGCAAAGGUUUCAUCCUCGAUCCUAAAUGAUUAUGAAAAUGAUUACAGUACAGAUGAAGACAGUAUCUAUGACACAGACUUCAGACCAUCAAAGAAUGAUAAUCUCUAGGUUCACACCCAGACUGAUGCUUCAUCAUGAGAUAAAGGAACAAGGAAUGGAAUGGGUUAGUUAAUAUAUCUUUGAAGAAAUGAUAAUUAACUGUACCUGAUGUGACAUGGAAACCCUUAAUGAUACUGUCUGACGUGUGAAAGUAUCUUUGAUGUAUACCAUUGCUGCCUCAGUAGGUAAUAUGUUGGGACUGGGUAUUUGGAGCCAUUUGAAGAAUGACCUGAAGGCCAUAUUUUCCUGUUCAUUCAUUUUGAAGAGAAGUUAAAAUCUUAAACUUUGGGAAAAAAAAGCAAAUAGAUUUUAAUGUGUGUGCAGAUUGUAAAUACAUUUAAACUAUGGAGAUUUCCUAUUGUUAUAAUUUAAACUGCUCUAGUGCCAAUAAUACUUGUAGUUUCUCAGCUAGGUUGUGUUCUGAGACACUUUAAUAAAAUAAUCAGAUUUAGUUAGUUCCACAAUCAAAUCUAGUGUAUUAGUUGCUGGUUGUACACUGGUACCAUCAAUUUCUACACCUCUGGGUGUGUGUAGGUGUGUGUGUGUGGGUAUGUGUGUGUGUGUAGGUGUGGGUGGUCACGACUGUCUGAAUGUGCCUGUACAUGUGUGGUUUUCACUACCUACCACAUUAAUGAAGGAUUUACAAUUAGCAGAGAAUUUAUCCCCAAUAACCAGAUUAAAAUUGAGAGCGACCCUGCCCAUAGAAUCAUGUUGGGGACAGUGGUGCCUGAACUGCUUACUCGUCAUGGGCUGGUAUUUUACUGAAAGUGCACGUCCCAAACUCUAUUGGUCAUGUUGAAUAAUUCCUCCAACCAUCCCCAAGCUACAAAGUAAAACAUGGAUAGAAGGGAAAGUUAAAAUGCCCAACUUGAAACAUACAUUGAUCCCACCCACCCCCAGUGCUAGUGGAGGCAGGGUGAUGGGGAGAUAACCUGUUCUGUUUCAGAGGUUAGCCAGUUACCGAAACUCAGGUGAACACCGUGUGUGUUUGACAGGGUCUCUGUUUUUGAGUUCCCUUUGUUUCAGGAAACAUGGCUGCAGUAAGAUCGUCCCGUCCCCAUCUGGUGGCUCUGCUGGUCCCAAAAACCAACAUCACACUGUCCGUGCCCCACCCUCUCCAUCCCCGUUCUGCAGCUGUACCCGACCGACACCCAUUAAAUCUCAGCAAAUUCCACCUCCCAUACAGCCACGGACUCUGUAUAAACCCUACACCUAUAGACCAAUGACUGACACCUUCUCUACAGAUACACAAUCAAGCUGUCUUCUAAAUGAGGAACUCUUGUGUCCUGAGUGUGUGGCAUGUGAAGGAACCUGCCUGUUUGGAUGCUGACCAUGUCUCCGUCACCUCUUCUCCCUGAAACCCCUCUCUUCGUCACUUAUUCACCUCAAAACACCCUUCUCCAUCACCUCUCCCACUCCAUGUCCCUCUCCGUCACCUCUCCUCUGCAAAACCCCCUCCCUGGCACCUCUCUUCUCCCCGAAAGCCUCCUCUCCGUCACCUUGCUCCCUCAUAUCCCUUUCUUCAUUACCUCUUCUCCCCAAAACACCCCUCUCUAUCCUCCUCUCCCCCCAUAUCCCCCGUCAUCUCUCCCUCAUAUCCCCCUGUCAACUCUCUCCUCCCACAUUCCCCUCCGUAUCCCUCUCUGACCUCUCCCCUCAUAUCCCUCUCUAUAUGACCUGUCACCUCUUCCCCGUAUGCCUCUCAGUCAUCUCUCUCUCCCCAUACCCCUCUCUCCAUCACCUCUCUCCCCUGUAUACCUCGCUGUCAUCUCUCUUCCUCGUACCCUUCUGUCUCCUCUUUCCCCCUGCAUCCUUCUUUCCAUCAUCCCUCUCCCCAUACCCCUCUCUCCGUCAACCCUCCCAUCAUGCAACCCUCUCAGUCAUCUCUCUUACCCCGUACCCCUCUCUCCCCUCAUACCACACUCUCCGUCACCUCUGUCCCCUCAUUCCCCCAGUCAGCUCUCUCCACUCGUUCCCCCCUCUGUCAUCUCUCUCCCCUCGUUCCCCCCUCUGUCAGCUCUCUCCUCUCGUUCCCCCCUCUGUCAGCUCUCUCCCCUCGUUCUCCCGUCAUCUCUCUCCCCUCGUUUUCCCCUCUGUCAGCUCUCUCCCCUCAUUCCCCCAUCAUCUCUCUCCCCUCGUUUUCCCCUCUGUCAGCUCUCUCCCCUCAUUCCCCCAUCAUCUCUCUCCUCUCGUUCCCCCCUCUGUCAGCUCUCUCCCCUCGUUCUCCCCUCUGUCAACUCUCUCCCCUCGUUCCCCCCUCUGUCAGCUCUCUCCCCUCGUUCCCCCGUCAUCUCUCUCCCCUAGUUUUCCCCUCUGUCAACUCUCUCCCCUCGUUCCCCCGUCAGCUCUCUCCCCUCGUACCACGCUCUCUGUCACCUCUUUCCCCUCAUACUCUCCUCUCCAUCACCUCUUCCUCCACACCCCCUCUCCAUCACUUUCUUCUCAUCCCGCACCCCCUCUCCAUUAUCCCUUUCUCACCCAGCACCCUUCUCUGACACUCCUCUCUCACCCUGCACCCCCUCUCCGAUACCUCUCUCACCCCGCACCUGUCUCUAUUACCUCUCUCUACCCCCUCCCUCUCCCCUCCCUUGCAUCCCCCUCUCUGUCACCUCUCUACCCCACAUACCCCCAGUCAUAUUCUUUGUCUCCCACCAAUUCCAGCAAGGUGGCACAUUUGUUUCUGAUCCAGAUGUAAUGCUGUGGUUUGUGACGCUGAGUUCUGGAGUGAGGUGAGAAUGACGGGACAGUAUGGUAACACCGUUCAAACACUACUGGUGACAUUCUGAGUGUUAACCACCCAUCCUCAAAAAAUCCCUCUCCCUACUUCAUUCCCUCAACUUUCCUUGUGACAUUUGGUGUCUGACCUAGCCAUAACUGAAAUUGCAGACCAACCUUCCAAAGACUUUUUAGCCAGACUGAGAAAUGGUUGUGUUGCUGAAUCGCAAAACCAGGAGAAAAUAUAAAUGGAGAUGAGGCACCUUUGCCAUCAAUAGAUGCUCCAUGAUGUUAUUGUCUUGUGGAGAGGAAAAGCAUCGGAGAAAAAAAUAGAAUCCAAUAUCUGCACGUUUGAUAGCAUGUUCACUUUCUUCCAUGUGUAAUUAAAAUUAAUCUCAUUCAAAAAUUAGAGGAAAUUUACAUACAUUUUCAACAAUAGUUUUGCUAUUGCAGGUCCCUUAAAAAUAGUGCCUCUAAAUUUUCAUGACAAGGUGUCUGUCAUUGAAUAUUUCUUUUUAUCUAUAACAUAUUGACAAAAUAUCAAAAAUGCCAUUGUUUAAAUAUUUUAUAACAUGUGGACUAGAGCUGAUAUUAUGUUUCUUAAUGAUAAAACCAGGUAUGCAAAAUAGUUUUGCUUUUCAAUAUUUUAUUAAAUAUGGAAGUUACACAAUAUUAUUUUAAUACUUGCCAUUUUGGUUUGGAUAACAAUGAACUUUUAUAAGUAUUGUACAAAAGUUUUGCUGAGCUGAUUUUUAAUUACUUAUGUAAUGUAUAAUUGAAGCUCGAUUAAAUGCACAUUGAGUGACAAUCAAUAAAGUGUAAUAUACAGUAUCUGCAAGCAUUUAACAUGAUUUAUUGUAACUGGAAUACAUGGAUGUCUUAAACUCCACCACUGCUGAAUGUCUUAUUUUAAGUCGCUUAAUCUACUUACUUGACCUUUGGGCAUUAGGAUUGGCCAUUGUUUUUAAAUUCUGAAGCUACCUCUGUGCAGAUAAAGCUGUAAGACCAUUUACUGCAAAUAAAAUUUUAAAACGAU